AUGGCUACCAAGCGAGUUUUGCGUGCGUGCAAAUUACAAGGGCUAUCGGUUCACGCCAACGCGCUCAAGCGAAUUACUGAGGAACUCAACAAUGAUUCGUCGCUAGAGCUGGACGACAUCAUUUACGCCAUUAAGAACAAUAUUGAUCGUAGCAAAUUGACGUCGUCAGUAGUGACGCUUGAGGCUUUGGAGAGUGCAUUAGACACGCUUUUGGCUGUGUCUGCUGAAAAUGAUUAUGAAAGAAUUCAAGUGUUUGGCGCCUUUGACACGCCAAAGCUGCACUAUAACUACCACAACAACUUAUACGAGCUGAAAGGAAACACUCAUUUUGAACUCCAUGCUGGCCCAGAGUCGAGAAUUCAACUCCUCAGAAACCGAUUUAUGUCAAUAGAUCUCCGUGUCAAGCGAAAUCGAUUAUUUGCGCCCCCAUCAGCCGCGGUGGCGAAUACGGCCGAGUACAUAGAGCUAUCGCGAAUUGAAUCCUUAUUAGGUACUAGUGGAGUACGACGUGUGAUAGGCAUGUUGGGUCAGGAUGAACGCAAGCGCUAUUACUUGGAGGAUUUCACGUCGCGAAUUGUCAUUGACCUCUCGGAUGCAACUUAUACGGAUGGUCUUUUUACCAUCAAUUGCGUGGUAUUAGUUGAAGGUGAAGUUGUGGACGAUGUGCUGCACGUUCAGUCAAUGGGAUUUCCACCUCCAGAGACCAAGCAAGCGUCUUUGGAAGUCUUAGGUGGUCUUGAUCCCCUUGCUGUAGAAGUGUCAGCUGAACAAUUGGAGCAGAUUCGACAUUUGGAAGCCAAUGACCACCAUGCUACUUUUAUCGUACUGUCCAGUGUACAUUUGGAUGAUCCACAAGUCAUGAGCAAGCUGGACGUGCUCUUUCAAGGAUUAAAUACUAUUCAGCCAACGCUCUUCAUUCUAAUGGGUGAUUUUAUGUCUACGUCAAUCGGUCGAGGGGUGGGAUCCAACUCGCUGCUGGAUUUACGUGAGUAUUUAGAAGAGUUCGGCAACCUCAUUCUAAAAUAUUCUGGCAUUGCCGAAAAUUCGCGUUUUAUUCUGGUCCCUGGGCCAAACGAUCCAGGAUCUUCACGUGCGUUUCCGCGUCACCCGCUUCCUGAUUUAUGUACACGCGAGCUCAUUCGCAAAGUACCAAAUAUCACUUGUAGUACCAAUCCGUGCCGGAUCCGCUACUACACUCAAGAUAUUGUCAUUUUCCGCGACAAUCUUCAACAAAAAAUGCAGCGGCAUGCUAUCCUGCCCCAUAGACCAAGUGAACAUGAAAAAGCGGUGCCGAGUGAAGAUGUUGAAUCUGUCUGCUCCGUCUCUGAGAUAGACAUUUCCAAACAUUUGGCUAAGACUCUCAUCGACCAAGCACAUUUGUGCCCCAUGCAGCUGAUGGUGAAUCCAAUACUAUGGGACUUUGACUCCUCACUUCAACUUUUCCCGGUACCAGACAUUUUGAUCUUGGGUGAUUCGACGGAGCAAUUCCAGCUUGGCUAUUCGUCUGUAGGUGUCUUUCAUCCGGGACGCUUCCACACUGACCACUCGUUCGUGCUUUAUCGCCCGAGCACAAAUACUACCGAAUUCAGUCGCGUGGAGUAG